GGUCCGGGUUGACAGUUAAACAUACUUGCCCUAUAUUGCACCCAAUUGAGAUUUGUACUUAAGCCUUAAUUGGGAUUUUUAUUGUGAUAUUCGGGACGAGUCCAGUUUUUGGCGCCGUUGCCGGGGAAUCAAACGGUUCAUUAUUUUGAAAAGAUUGUUUGGUGUUAAUCUAGCUUUUACUUUUCGCUUUUGUGUUUGUGAAUCUUGCUUGUGUUAGACGAGUUGUAGUUCUUUUGAGUGUGUGUAGGGAGGUGUAUGACCCGGAGUAAUCUGACACAUUUCUCGCCACUGGACGAGAAUCCCAACCGCACUCUCCGACUCUUGGCUCGUGGGAGAGAACUGGAGGAGGCAAGAAGAAGGAUAGAAGAAGGGGAACAACCACAAGUUGGUCCCAAAGAAGAAAUUGUAGUUGAGGAAGAUUUUGAUUCCGAGGAGGAAGGAAGUGUAGCUAAUAUGGCGGCUAAUCAACAUGAUCCAGGUGGAUCAUCCGUGGAAGAGCAAGCGAGGACUAUGGGCUACUAUAUAGCCCCACGGGUGGCUGAUAUUCAACUCACCAUUCGACAUCCGGCCGUGGCCGCCAACAAUUUCGAGAUCAAACCCGCCCUCGUCACCAUGAUCCAAAACAAUGCACUGUUUCAUGGGCUUAGCAAUGAGUUUCCAAGGGAGCAUGUUCAGAAGUUCGUCAAACUUGCAGGGAGUUUGAAGAUCAAUGGUGUUCCCGAGGAUGGUUUGAAGUUGAGGCUAUGCCCCUACUCUCUUGCGGAGAAUGCGUCUCGGUGGCUCAAAAAUAGACCAAUCCUGUCGAUCACCUCGUGGGAUGAUAUGCUCAAUAAGUGGCAUGUGUUGUACUAUACAUGGGAGAUGGGCCGUGCUUGGGCUGGCCUUCAAAGACGGCGGAGUGGCGCAAGAAGAUCACCCACUUUGAGUAAGAGGAAGAUGAGACAUUGAGUGAUGCUUGGGAAAGGUACUCUGACUUCUUCCUCCAAUGCCCACAUCAUUGAUUCGAGGAGCAAUUUUGGAUUGAAACUUUCUAUGGUGGUCUCCACCAAGACGGCAAGAUCCUCAUUGACUCUUUAUGUCAAGGGAAAUUGAUGAACAUGAAUCCACCCCAAGUGAUGCUCGAAGAGGCAAGAAAGGGUAUGAUUGGGG